UCCUUUAAAACAGCAGGUGCAGGCGAACUGAGGAGGCAGGACACGCAGAGAGAGCUUUAUCUCUAUCUUUAUCUGGUCUACCACCCACUCCUACCACACGGCUCUUCACUUGGGCUCUCACCCUCUCUGUGCUUCCAUCAAGCUGUUUAUCAAUCCAUUUCUUUCAUCCAUCCAUCCAUCCUUUGCUUUCUUUCAUCACACCGGGCACCACGGCGUCCAGCUGAUGUCAAUUCGGUAAGGAGCUUUUUGGAUGGGCUGACAGUCUCACAGCGUCUGCUCCUCGAUCGGCCACCAUGGAGGAGCUCCAGAGAAAACUGAAUCAACGCUAUGAAGGCACCAAGCCCAGAAAGGUGAGGUUCAAGCUGGCGUCGUCCUACAGCGGUCGGGUUCUGAAGCACGUGUACGAGGACGGUCAGGAGCUGGAGAGUCCAGAGGAGAAAUACCCUCACAGCUUCGUCCACCGCAAGAUUCCCCCCAGCCACCUGGAGGUGGAGCAGCUCUGUGGGUUUGAGGAGGCUCCCGGGGACCAGCAGGGCGUCUAUCCUCCAACAGGGCUCAUUGCCCAGAGAAUAAACGUAUACAGAGGAAUGGGCAGCUACCAGCCUGCUGCAGGCCACGCUGAGGGUGCAGAGGGAGACGCCACAUCCUCAGUGUUGGACUUUGGCAAAAUAAUCAUCUACACCAGCAACCUGCGCAUCAUCCGAGCGCCGGUGAGGAAGCCCGAAACGCUGCGGCACCACACUUUGCCUCCUGUGGACUUGGAGGGAUACCCAAAGGCUAAGGAGAGGGGGAGCAGGAGGAGGGCUAAAGCUCUCACACAAGACGGGGAGGAGAAGAAGGAGGAGAAGCGGAUCAGCGACACAGAGUCCAAGGAGGCCGACAGCUGUCAGCAUUGUGGCGGUUCGGGCUGGGCUCCCUGCUCUCUGUGUCACGGUAGCAAGCUGUCCAUGCUGGCGAACCGCUUCAAUGAGUCCAUCAGUGAUCUGCGUUGCCAGGCCUGCUACCCCCAUGGUCUGGAGACGUGCCAGUCCUGCUCCAGCAAAUAGCGCUGUUUGGCUGACUCCCAUGUCUGGCAGAGAGGGGGAGUGAGCGAGUGAAUGAGAGUGUGUAGCUGUGUGUGUGUGUGUGAGUGUGUGUGUCUGUGUGUGUGUGAGUGCAUGCCUGAUGUGCUAUCGGUUUGUCGGGAUUGUCUCGGACGCAAUAUUGCUCUAAUCCAAAAUGUUCUUGGUGGGGUGUUACAGAGCACUGCUAGGAAACAUAAGCCAUCAUUGGAAAGGGGAAUAGUGGCUGUGCAGCGGGCACCAAUUCAUAAAAUACAAUUACUGUGUGCAGUGAACAUGUCUUGAGAUAACACAAACACAUAAUCAUUUUUUUGUUGUCACAUUAUUUUGCAUCCGCGCCGCUCCUCCCUGAUAAAACCGGCUUUUACGACGGACUUAUCAUUUUAAUUAAAAUGAUGCAAACAUUUUGCCUUUUAUUUCAUCUGCUGGGAAGACUGCCCUGUUUCCUAUCUCCACUCUUUGUUCACCAUGAAGAAUGAAGCCUUUUAUAUCUCAGCGUGAUGUACAGUAUGAGGGUAAUUGAUGCUUUCAUUUAAAAAAAAAAAAAAAAAAAACUGAGAGAGACUGUAGGAUAAAGAGUUUGAGAUGGAAAGAGAGAGUGAGAGGACGGAGCGAGGGAAUCAGAAGGAGACAGUUUCAUACAUUUUAAUAACACAAAUCAAAUUUGAUCCAUGAAUAAAGACUCAGCCCAACAAUGACAAAGUCUGACACAGAGGCAGUGAUUCGCUUUAUGAAAUCAAACUAACAACAGCUGCUGUUGUUAAUAAGGAAAGAAGUUACAAGGUGUUGAAAAUUAAGUCAAAAAUAUAUAUAUUAUUAUUUUAUUGUGAAAGAGUUAGAGAUGAUACAAUCAUAACUGACCUGCUCAGGACGUUACAUGGUUGUUGAUGAUGUUGUUUUUAAUUAGUUGUCUCAUUCUAAUGUGAUUGUCAUUCCAACCUGUUCAAAGCUUUAUCCACAGUUUUGAUAUAUGAAGGUAAUAAAAUAAACUAC